UCCCGCUAGCCCUACGGCUCCGAACUCGGUGGUCUUGGAGGCUCCGCCGGAAGGGGGACAAGAUGGCGGAGGAGGAGUUCUCCAAUGCCACUCAUGAGGGCUUCAAUGUCACCCUCCACACCACCCUGGGUGUCACAACAAAACUGGUGCUGCCAACCCCUGCCAAGCCCAUUCUUCCAGUGCAGACUGGGGAGCAGGCUCAGCAGGAGGAGCAGUCAAGUGGCAUGACCAUCUUCUUCAGCCUCCUUGUCCUGGCCAUCUGCAUCACCCUGGUGCACUUGCUGAUCCGGUACAGGCUGCACUUCUUGCCUGAGAGCGUCGCUGUUGUUUCUCUAGGUAUUCUCAUGGGAGCAGUGAUAAAAAUUAUAGAGUUUAAAAAACUGGCAAAUUGGAAGGAGGAAGAAAUGUUCCGUCCAAACAUGUUUUUUCUCCUUUUGCUUCCGCCUAUCAUCUUUGAGUCUGGGUACUCCUUACACAAGGGUAACUUCUUUCAAAAUAUUGGUUCCAUCACCCUGUUUGCUGUUUUUGGUACGGCGAUCUCUGCUUUUGUAGUAGGUGGAGGAAUUUAUUUUCUGGGUCAGGCUGAUGUAAUCUCUAAACUCAACAUGACAGACAGCUUUGCAUUUGGCUCCCUGAUAUCUGCUGUGGACCCAGUGGCCACCAUUGCGAUUUUCAAUGCACUGCACGUGGACCCUGUGCUCAACAUGCUGGUGUUUGGAGAAAGCAUUCUCAACGAUGCAGUCUCCAUUGUUCUAACCAACACAGCUGAAGGCUUAACAAGGAAAAACAUGUCAGAUGUCAGUGGGUGGCAAACCUUUCUACAAGCCCUCGGCUACUUCCUCAAAAUGUUCUUCGGCUCUGCAGCCCUAGGCACCCUCACUGGCCUAAUCUCUGCAUUAGUGCUGAAGCACAUCGAUCUGAGGAAAACGCCCUCCCUGGAGUUCGGCAUGAUGAUCAUCUUUGCCUACCUGCCCUACGGCCUGGCGGAGGGGACCUCGCUGUCAGGCAUCAUGGCCAUCCUGUUCUCGGGCAUUGUGAUGUCCCACUACACCCACCAUAACCUCUCCCCGGUCACCCAGAUCCUCAUGCAGCAAACCCUCCGGACUGUGGCCUUCCUGUGCGAAACAUGUGUGUUUGCAUUUCUUGGCCUGUCCAUUUUUAGUUUCCCUCACAAGUUUGAAAUUUCCUUUGUCAUCUGGUGCAUAGUGCUCGUCCUGUUUGGCAGAGCGGUCAACAUUUUCCCUCUUUCCUAUCUGCUGAAUUUCUUCCGUGACCAUAAAAUCACUCCGAAGAUGAUGUUCAUCAUGUGGUUUAGUGGCCUACGGGGGGCCAUCCCCUACGCCCUGAGUCUGCACCUGGACCUGGAGCCCAUGGAGAAGCGGCAGCUCAUUGGCACCACUACGAUCAUCAUUGUGCUCUUCACCAUCCUGCUGCUGGGUGGCAGCACCAUGCCCCUCAUCCGCCUCAUGGACAUUGAGGACGCCAGGGCUCGCCGCAGGAGCAAGAAGGACGUCAACCUCAGCAAGACCGAGAAGAUGGGCAACACGGUGGAGUCGGAGCACCUGUCGGAGCUCACGGAGGAGGAGUACGAAGCGCACUACCUCAGGCGGCAGGAGCUCAAGGGCUUCAUGUGGCUGGACGCCAAGUACCUCAACCCCUUCUUCACACGGCGGCUGACCCAGGAGGACCUGCACCGCGGGCGCAUCCAGAUGAAGAGCCUCACCAACAAGUGGUACGAGGAGGUGCGCCAGGGCCCGUCAGGCUCCGAGGACGACGAGCAGGAGCUGUUCUGACGGCGCGAGGGCCAAGCUUCUGGGGCCCGGGACUCAGAGGCGCCAGCUUGCUUUCGGCAGCUUCUCCAGGAUGUAAGACCGGCAAGUGGAAGGUGGCUGCUCCCCUUGUGGAAGUUUCUAGGCCUUUGGAGCUAGCUGGUUCAGAAAUGCCUGCCAGCCCCACACUCCCUGCUGAGCCGGCCUGAGUGGCUGACCACAGUCCCAGGUAAAUGCUCCCCUCCUCUGCCAGCAGGGGCUGCCCAGAGCCUGCUGGGAGCCGGCCAGGGACUGCCAGCCCAUUCCAUCCUCGACCCCUGGAACAGCCUGCAGGCUGGGUGGCAUCUGUGCCUCUGUGAGGAGCAGCAGCCGUUCUGACCCAGGGGCAAGACCUAGAGACCGCAGCGUCCCCCACUCCCUGAGAAACACUGAAGGACCAUUCUC